UAUUUUCUACCAUUUUAUGGUUUAAUCUAUUUUUUCCCAGCUCUUAAUAUUUUUAAUAACUCCCUCGGUUCAUUUUUCAAAUUUUCUCAUUCCAGCCUAUUCAAAUUGUUGCCUUUCAACCUUUAUUUUAAUUUUAUUAAUCAAAUACAUUCUUUAUGUUUUUGCCAUCCUACCGCCUUUCCCAUUCCCUAUAUAUAUUUUCUGUUCUGAUUUUUCCUUCUGAUUUUUUUGUUCUGAUUUUUUCGUUCUGAUUUUUUGUUCUGAUUUUGUGAUACAUGUAAGUUGUAUGUCGAGUGCUGAAUUGGUGAGAUAGCGGAGGAUAAAGGGCAAAAUUCCAUCAUAAGUCCCGGAAACAAAUUCGAACAAACAAUAAAUCAUUUGAAAGAGCUCGGCGAGUUGAGUCGAAUGACACCAAAAUCAUCUCGAUGGGAUGAUCAUGGACAAAGUUAUGACCAUCUUAAUCUUCACCGUAAAAACUGUUUUUGUGCUGCUACGGAGUAUGUAGGUGUGUGCUGCUACGGAGUACAUCAGAACAAAAAAAAAUUUAUAGGAAAAAAUAACUUCGGGCGCCUAUUCGUCCCGCGCCUAUUCGUCUCGCGCCUAUUUGUCUCGGCGCCUAUUCGGCCGCGCCUAUUCGUCCGCGCCUAUUCGACCGCGCCUAUUCGUCGUGUACCGAUUUUCAAUGUGCAUUUUGGACCAUUUCCCUUGAAUUUUUAUUUUUACUGAUCAUUUUUCUGAAUGAUUUAUUUAUUUUGUAUUAAUUUAUAUAUAAUUUAGAAAUGGCAAAUAGGGCAAAUAGGCAUGUUGUCGAGGCCAUCCUCGACGAUAAAGUCGAGGAUGGUGAUGUUUAUUAUUUGAUUAAAUGGGCUGGAUAUUCUAACAGGAGAAACAGUUGGGUGAUCAGUGACGAUUUGGACGCCGAUUUUUUGCUUCCACAGUAUCUUCAAAAUAAGACUAAUAAAUUUUUUGAAGAUUUUGUGGAUCAAGAUGAAAUAAAUGAAAAAGAAGAAUUUUUUGAAAAAUCACUUGAGGCAAUAAAUGAAGUUAAUGGAAAAAUUGAAGAAAUUGAAAAUCGUUUGUCAGACAAAACGAAAGGGAAAGAUUUACGUGGUUUAUUAGAAGAUCGGUUGAAUGAAAUUUCUAAAAAAGUAAAUAAAAUGAACGAAAAGAAACAUUUUGCUGUGCCUGAACUUAUUGAAAAAGUAGAGGAACUUGUUGUUCGCUUUAACUCGUUACAUGAACCAUUGGAAAGAAUGAGAGCAGAAUUAGAUGAAUCAAUGGGUUGGCAUCAAUUAGCUUUUGAUGUUGAUGUUGAAUUACAGUGGAUUGGGGAAAAAAAAUUAAUCGUGGAAUGUCCACAACUUGGCCAUUCAUUAACAGAAGUUCAACAAUUAGUAAAACGACACGAACAAUUAAUUGCUGAACUAGAUUGUCAUCAACCUUUAGUUACCGAAUUAUUAAAUAAAGGAAGAAAAUUGGCAAAUGCUGAUGGAAUAAAUAAACAUUCUUGUCAUCAGGAGAUCGAUGCAAAAUGUUUGGAAUUAUCUAAUUCUUGGAAAAAUUUAAUGGAAAUAUCAAUAAAUCGCCGAAACUUGUUGAAUAAGGCCCAUUCAAGAGAACAAUUAUUAUUUGAAUUAUCUGAGGCUGAGAAUUGGCUGUCUGAGAAAAAUAAACAGAUUGAAACACGUGAAGGAGCUAUCUCUGAAGGUCAUGGUGGUGCUCAAACAUUACUUGCUUGGCUCAAGACUUUACAAAAUGAAUUAGGACCAUUUCAUUCUGGCCUUGUUGAAUUGAAAAAUAAAUGUAUUAACCUAAAAGAUUUUGGAAUUUUUGAGGAAGAAAUUGCUGAAAGAGAAUCAAAAAUAGAAGAACAAGCUAAUAAUUUAGUAGAACGUGCUCGAUUAUCUCUAGUUAAUCUUAAUAAUGAAGAAAAGGAAAAUUUACCUCAAGGACAAGUAAAGAAGAAGAGGACUAGAAAUAACGCAAGUUUAAUAAAUAAAAUUAAUUAA